AUGUUGAGUGUCGCAAGAAACGUUUCAAGGACUCUCCAGACCAGGACCUGCGCCAGAAGCGUGUCCUCCCUGGUGAAGAAGGCCUGCUGGGGCGGCGUCCAGCCGGAAGCUCUGCGCGCUCUGUCCAGGAGGGACUAUGCCUCUGAAGCCAUCAAAGGAGCCGUGAUCGGCAUCGACCUGGGAACCACCAACUCCUGCGUGGCCGUGAUGGAGGGCAAGCAGGCCAAGGUCCUGGAGAACGCCGAGGGGGCCCGCACCACCCCCUCCGUGGUGGCCUUCACGGCGGAGGGCGAGCGCCUGGUGGGCAUGCCGGCCAAGCGCCAGUCCGUCACCAACCCCCAGAACACGCUGUACGCCACCAAGAGGCUGAUCGGCCGCCGCUUCGACGACGCCGAGGUCCAGAAAGACCUGAAGAACGUCCCCUACAAGAUCGUGCGAGCAUCCAACGGCGACGCCUGGGUGGAGGCCCACGGGAAGAUGUACUCCCCCAGCCAGGCGGGGGCCUUCGUCCUGAUGAAGAUGAAGGAGACGGCAGAGAGCUACCUGGGAACCAGCGUGAAGAACGCCGUCAUCACCGUACCCGCCUACUUCAACGACUCCCAGAGACAGGCCACCAAGGACGCCGGGCAGAUCGCCGGACUCAACGUCCUGCGUGUGAUCAACGAGCCGACGGCCGCCGCCCUGGCCUACGGUCUGGACAAGACCCAGGACAAGAUCAUCGCCGUGUACGACCUGGGGGGCGGGACCUUCGACAUCUCCGUCCUGGAGAUCCAGAAGGGCGUCUUCGAGGUCAAGUCCACCAACGGGGACACCUUCCUGGGAGGAGAGGACUUCGACCAGCACCUGCUGCAGUACAUCGUCAAGGAGUUCAAGAGAGAGUCCGGUGUGGAUCUGAUGAAGGACAACAUGGCGGUCCAGAGGGUUCGAGAAGCUGCAGAGAAAGCCAAGUGUGAGCUGUCGUCGUCCCUGCAGACCGACAUCAACCUGCCGUACCUCACCAUGGACGCCUCGGGGCCCAAGCACCUGAACAUGAAGCUGACCCGCUCCCAGUUCGAGGGCAUCGUGGCCGACCUGAUCCGCCGCACCGUGGCGCCGUGCCAGAAGGCCAUGCAGGACGCCGAGGUGUCCAAGGGGGACAUCGGGGAGGUGCUGCUGGUGGGGGGCAUGAGCCGCAUGCCCAAGGUCCAGCAGACGGUCCAGGACCUGUUCGGCCGCGCCCCCAGCAAGUCGGUGAACCCCGACGAGGCGGUGGCCAUCGGCGCCGCCAUCCAGGGCGGCGUGCUGGCCGGAGACGUGACGGACGUGCUGCUGCUGGACGUCACGCCGCUGUCGCUGGGCAUCGAGACGCUGGGCGGCGUCUUCACCAAGCUCAUCAACCGCAACACCACCAUCCCCACCAAGAAGAGUCAGGUGUUCUCCACGGCGGCCGACGGACAGACCCAGGUGGAGAUCAAGGUGUGCCAGGGCGAGAGGGAGAUGGCCGCUGACAACAAGGUGCUGGGCCAGUUCACGCUGGUGGGAAUCCCGCCGGCGCCGCGCGGCGUCCCCCAGAUCGAGGUCACCUUCGACAUCGACGCCAACGGCAUCGUCCACGUGUCCGCCAAGGACAAGGGCACGGGCCGCGAGCAGCAGAUCGUCAUCCAGUCCUCCGGAGGCCUCAGCAAAGACGACAUCGAGAACAUGAUCAAGAACGCCGAGCGGUACGCCGAGGAGGACCGCAGGAGGAAGGACCGGGUGGAGGCAGUCAACACGGCCGAGGGCAUCGUCCACGACACCGAGUCCAAGAUGGAGGAGUUCAAGGACCAGCUUCCUGCUGAAGAGUGCGACAAGCUGAAGGAGGAGAUCGCCAAGGUCCGCAGCCUUCUGGCCAACAAGGACUCGGAGACGGGAGAGAACAUCAAGCAGGCGGCGUCCAACCUGCAGCAGGCCUCGCUCAAGCUGUUCGAGAUGGCCUACAAGAAGAUGGCGUCGGAGCGCGAUGGCGGCAGCAGCAGCAGCAGCAGUUCCUCGUCCAGCUCGGAGGGAGAGAAGAAGGAGGGACAGCAGUAGACUCUUUGAAAUGGGUUGUCUUGUGGUUGCCACGACAACGGAGGACUGUUGGGCUGGGACGGGGAGGAGGGGGGGCACGUCGAGUCAUUCUUACUCUAAUGUAUUAUUCUACUGUGUUUUGGCAGUAAUAGAAGAAAUGGAGUCCGUUUCCACGGCGACGCUGUCUGUAAUUUAUCUGUUCCUCAGUCUGACCCCUGACCUUCCACCUCGGAUUCUUCUUCUUCUUUCUGUGUUCUGAGCCUCUCCUCCUCCCGUGUACAGUUCUUCUUCAGUUAGCUUCAUCUUCUUUCUUCACGUCCCGGAAGUCCGCCCCGAGGAGCAGUGCAUGCUGGGAGAACGCCGAGCCCGGCCGGCUCCUCGUUCCACGCCGCUGCCAAAAACUGCUCCAUUGGAUGCGACUGUGGCCGCGCGUCUGCCCGAUAGUGAGGCCGACGGGGGGGAUGGGGGGGUUUUUCUUUUGGGGGUUUAAAACAAAGUGAUUCUAUGACUGUAGUGAAGAGUGAGGGCCACGCCCGUUUUUCUAAUAAAACUCAAAUGCAA